UGCUUUGAUACAGUAAUGUUUUACUAUGUGAUUUUAGUGAUUUUGGGGAAUUUCACUGUUUGUCAUUUUCAAAUUUCCCACCCAGAUGACAGAUGCCGGCAUCCGCCGGAUUACAUUGCUGGGGACACUGCAGGAGGGACAUCGUGGGAGCACAGGACAUGGUAAGUGAUCGAGGGAUCGCGGAGCAGCGCCGCAUGGUAUUCCCGAGUGUAGCUCGGGGUUACCGCUUGUGCUACACUCGGGAAUACCGCCAGGGAGGU